GAAGUGGUUAUAAAUCAGUAGCACCGUUCGCAUUUUUAUCUUUGUUUAAUGUGUGUUUCCAAUUUUGAGCUAUAAAGGUUCAGUUUACGCAAAAACAAUGUUUCGUUCGUGGUCUACCUAAUUAUGGGCGAUCAAUGGUAUUAUGAAAAUCUGAAUUAUCCUCCUCCAACACAAGCGAAUAACGUACCUAACCAACAAGUGAAUCCCGUUUGUACGCAGUGGUCUCAAUCACAAGUAUCCCCUAAUAUACCUUAUUAUCCUUCGGUACCAUCUUACCCACCUCCUCAUAUUCCACAAAACCAAUAUAUCGCUCCUAGUGUUACAUCCCAUCAACCGCCAUAUAAUUAUUCGUAUCCCCAACAGCAACUCCAAUAUCAAGAUUCUGCAUUAGCUAACGAUUACGCCAAGGAUUUAGAAAAUUACAAGUAUAUCAAGUCGAGAAUUGGUGAAACUAAUAGUGAUAGGCCAGUUUACAAAUCUAGAGAAAGACUUAGUCGAGCUCCAUCGCCAACUAGAUGUAGAAGAUCUCGAAGCAGAGAAAAAGAUGGAUAUCAAAGAAGACGAGAAAGAAGUUGGACACGAUCCAGAUCAAGAGAAAGAUCGCGUUAUAGGAAAAGAAGCAGAAGUCGAAGUAGUGACAGAAGUAGAAGUAGAGAUUAUGAUAGAAGAAGAAGAAGAACGAGAAGUCGAAGUAGGACUCGAUACAACUACAGAAGCGCUUCGACAAGCAGCAGAUGUUACAUGCCUCGAAAUAGGGGAAAUUACAAAAAAGAUACGUCGGAAAGGGACCAGCUUCUGACGAAAUGGCGGCGAAAUUACUGUACGACUACGCAACAACUAACCGAUAAAUUAGAAGAAUUGGCCUCGAUGUCGGUGGACGAUAUCCUCGAGAACGAAAAGAACAUCUGGACCAGAUCGACCCCGGCGGAACUAUUCUACGUCAGAGACGACGGUAAUUCCAAACUGAUGAAAGCCACGUCGAAAUUGGAACAACUGUGCGACACUUUCAAGGAAAAUCUAGUUACGAGGGCCAAGAAAAUAAACGAACGAAAACCAAAGUACGAACCGCCGCCGCGCAAAAUCAAAGCGAGAUUAUGCAAACAUAAAUCCGAGGCCCAAAGUAGCUCGGACAGUUCCGAGGAGGAUCUUACCGACGAAGAGGAUUGCACCAUGGAGGAGCUGCACAGGAAGCAACAGCAUCCGGAUAGGUUGCAUCCGGAAAUGUGGUACAACGAACCGGGAGAAAUGAACGACGGUCCGCUUUGUCGGUGUUCUUUGAAAUCGAGAAAAUCCGGUAUCCGACACGGUAUUUAUCCGGGCGAAUCGUUUUCGAUGCCGUGCGACAUCUACAAAAAUAACGCCGAUCGAUUGUACCAUUACCGUAUAACGAUAUCGCCGCCUACGAAUUUUUUGAUAAAAACGCCGACGAUUAUUCAUCACGACGAACACGAGUUUAUAUUCGAGGGUUUUUCCUUGUUGGCGCAUCGACCGCUAAAAAAAUUACCGAAUUGUAAGGUUAUCCGCUUCAAUAUCGAAUAUACAAUUUUAUAUAUAGAAGAGAAGAUUCCAGAGAAUUUUACAGUAUGCGAAUUAGAUCUUUUCACGAAUUAUCUGUUCUACGAAAUCUUGGAAUUAGUCGAUUUGGAUUUCAAAGCGGCCGGAAAUACCGAAGGAUGUUCGUUAUUCCAUUUCAUGCCGCGGUUCGUUCGUGAAUUACCGGAAAACGGUAAAGAAAUAUUGUGCAUGAGCGAAGUGCUCCAAUAUUUAUUGAACAGCUCAUCGCUUUUGAUAGAGAAAGAGGAAUUGAGCAAAAUGAUGGAAAUGUCCCAGUACGAAUGGCAGAAUUUCGCCGACGAAAUCAAGGGUAUGGUAGUGACUUACCCAGGUAAAAAACCGUGUUCGGUAAGGGUGGAUCAGUUGGAUCGAAAUAUAGAUUUGCAAAAAGAAGGGGAACAUAAAUUUCCGGAAAUUGUACAUUUCGGUAUCAGACCACCGCAAUUGAGUUACGCUGGAAAUCCCGAUUAUCAAAAGGCUUGGCGCGAUUACGUUAAAUUUAGACACCUUCUGGCCAACAUGUCGAAACCGACAUACGAAGAUAAAAGAAAACUCGAAGCCAAAGAAAAUAAAUUACAAGAAAUGCGAACCCAAGGAAAAAUGAAGAGAGACGUAACCGUAGCCGUUUCCUCCGAGGGAUUCUACAGAACCGGAAUUAUGUGCGAUAUUAUACAGCACGCGAUGUUAAUCCCCGUGCUGGUAUGCCAUCUGCGAUUCCAUCAAUCCUUGAACGUAUUGGAAGAAAACAUCAAAUACACUUUCAACAAUCGAGCCCUCCUCCAAUUGGCCCUAACGCAUCCAUCUUAUAAAGAAAACUUCGGUACCAAUCCGGAUCACGCCAGAAACAGUUUAACUAAUUGCGGUAUCCGGCAACCGGAAUACGGAGACAGACGCAUCCAUUAUAUGAACACUAGAAAGAGAGGAAUCAAUACUCUGAUAAAUAUAAUGUCCCGUUUCGGUAAACAACAAGAAACCGAAUCGAAUAUAACCCACAAUGAGAGAUUGGAAUUUCUCGGUGACGCCGUUGUCGAAUUUCUAUCGUCCAUUCAUCUAUUUUAUUCGUUUCCCGAUUUAGAAGAAGGGGGUUUGGCGACGUACCGCGCCGCCAUCGUACAAAAUCAACAUUUGUCUGUAUUGGCGAAAAUACUCAAAUUGGAUCAGUUCAUGUUAUACGCGCACGGAUCCGAUCUAUGCCACGAUUUGGAAUUGAGACACGCCAUGGCUAAUUGUUUUGAGGCUUUGAUGGGAGCUCUAUUUUUAGACGGCGGCAUCGAGGUUGCGGAUAAAGUAUUUUCGGACACGUUUUUCCACAGCGAUCCCGAUCUUCACGAAGUAUGGAAAAAUCUUCCUCCGCAUCCAUUGCAAGAACAAGAACCUCUCGGCGACAGACAGUGGAUAGAAAAAUUCGACAUACUUCAGAAUUUGGUGAAAUUCGAGGAAUCUAUAAACGUCGAAUUCAAACAUAUCCGAUUAUUGGCCAGGGCGUUUACCGACAGAAGCGUCGGUUAUACGAAUUUAACGAUGGGUUCCAAUCAACGGUUGGAGUUUUUGGGUGAUACGGUGCUGCAACUCAUAGCUUCCAAUUAUCUUUACAAAUUUUUCCCGGAACAUCACGAAGGGCAUUUAUCGUUAUUGAGAAGUUCUUUGGUGAACAACAGGACCCAAGCCGUGGUAUGCGACGAUCUCGAUAUGGCGAAAUACGCCAUUUACAAUAAUCCGAAAGCCGAACUGAAAACUAAGGAUCGGGCCGAUUUACUCGAAGCUUUUAUUGGGGCUCUAUACGUCGACCAGGGUAUGGAGUAUUGCGAGGCGUUCUGUCACGUGACAUUGUUUCCGAGACUUCAAGAUUUUAUCAUGAAUCAAGAUUGGAACGAUCCGAAAUCGAAAUUGCAACAGUGUUGCCUCACUCUAAGGACAAUGGACGGCGGCGAACCGGAUAUUCCAGUAUACAAGGUGAUAGAAUGUAAGGGCCCCACUAAUACCAGAGUCUACACCGUAGCGGUUUAUUUCAGAGGAAGAAGACUCGCCAGUGCCAUGGGACAUAGUAUACAACAAGCAGAAAUGAACGCAGCCAAAAAAGCUCUCGAAAUAUCACAAGAUUUAUUUCCUCAGCUGGACCACCAAAAAAGAGUUAUAGCUAAAAGUAUGAAGAAACAAAAGAAGGGGCGUAAUUUUUCGAAACCUAGAACCGCAUAUCCAGCACCUAAAUCGCCCGAACGAUAUUCCAGAACAAGAUUCAGAAAGUCCCGGUCGAAAUCUAGUUCUAGCGACAGAUCUUUCACUUCGGUAUUAAGUAGAAAAUCGAAAUGA